CCCUUCCAUGCAGGAGGGCUGGAGUCCAACUCCAUCUCAAACACAGUGGCCGGCCUAUAUAAACCCCCCACUCCUGGAGUUUAGCGUCAUUCACCGGAGCACCACCUCCAAGACGUCGGCCAUGAAAGUUGUAGCUCUUGCACUGACCCUUCUCUUGGCCUUGGGCUCCUAUGCCCGUAGCCUGCAGGCCGAUGCUCCCUCUCAGCUGGAGCACUACAAGGCAGCUGCUAUGGUCUAUCUGGACCAGGUGAAAGACCAUGCCUCCAAAGCCCUGGAGCACCUGGGAGGAAGUGAAUACGACCAGUACAAGCAGAAGCUGACCGAAAGCCUGGACACACUCCAGCAGUAUGCUCAGCUUGCCUCCCACACCCUGAGCCCAUACACCACCCAUCUGAUUGAAGGCACCAAGCAGGUGCGUGAGCACAUUGUAUCUGAGCUAGAAGACCUGCGUUUUCAGGUGGAGCCUCACCGCUUUGAGCUGCAGCAGGCCAUUGAAAAGCACAUAGAGGAGUACCGUGAGAAGCUUGGCCCCAUCCUCCAGGAGUACCUCACCAGCAACCAGGAGGACCUGGAGGCCCUGCAUCUCAAGCUGCAGCCUGUCUUUGAGGAUCUGAGGCAGAAGGUGGAGACCAAAUUAGAGGAGACCAAGUCCAAGCUGGUGCCCAUUGUGGAGGCUGUUCGCGCCAAGCUGACCAAGCAGCUGCUUGACAUCAGGAAUAUGGCCACUCCCUAUGCUGAUGAGUACAAGGAGCAUGUGCUGAAGGCUGUGGAAGAUGUGAAGGAGAAGCUGGCCCCCCACACCACUGAGCUGCAGGGACAUCUGGAGCCUUACCUGGAGACCGUCAAGGCCAGGCUCACAUCCAUCUAUGACUCCGUGGUCCAAGCUAUGAGUGCCUAAACCACUUUGUCCCAGACUAGUGUUCUUAGUCACAUACACACAAAGUCAACACUUUAACAUGUUCACAUGCUUGGGAUUAACAUGUGUGUCGGUUACAACAUUCACCUAUGAUGACCUAUCCACCUAUGAUGUGAUGAUGCAAAAUAAAU